GGGCCGGCGCCGCUGGUGGUCUUCGUCCUCGGCCACUCCGUCGCCUGCGACUACGCGCCGGGCCUGCGCGCCGCCCUGGCGCCCUGCGGCGCGGCCGUGGCGCGGAAGAACGAGGGCGGCAGGUACAUGGACAACGGCCUGAAGGGGGCCAACGGCGGGUCCUCCAGGGACGUGCUGGCGUGGCUCCGGCACGCGCUGGCGCUGCCCCGCGGUGCGCCGCCCGCCUGCGCCGCGGCCUGGCCGCGCCGGGGCCUCCCCGCGCGCGUGGACCUGCUGCUGCUGAACUGCGGCCUGUGGGACGUGCGGCGCCCGCGCGGCGAGGAGGGCCUGCACGUGCCGCCCGAGGACCGAGUACGCGGCCAACGUGGACGAGAUCCUGGCGCUGGCGCGAGGGAAGCGGCGCAGCCCAGCGGAAGGCUCGCCUGGGUCGCGAGCACGCCCGUCGACGACGACCUCCACAACGCGGUCUCGAAGACCUUCCGCCGGCUCGACGAGGACCCGACCUGGCCCUCUACAACCAGGCCGCGCUGCGGGUGUGCGCGGCGCGGGCCGUUCCGGUGCUGGACCUCCACGCCUUCACGCGGGGGCUGCGGCCCGCGGGCGGGCUCUAUGCCGCG